UGACAAGUUACGCCCCGCUUGCGCGGGGUCCCUCCCCCUCAAGGCCGCGGCCGCAAUUACGCGCUCUGCGGCCUGCAGUGAGGUGGUUCUUGCUGGCCGAAGAUGCAGCGCCGACUGAGACCGGAGGAGCUCUAGGCCAGAGGGGUGAGCCAGCCAGGAUCCCAGGACCCUUCGCUGCUUAAAGCCAGCGAGAGGAAAUGAAACGGGCGGGCACCGGCGGGGGAGGGAGGGAACUGGCGCAAGGUAUCAUGGCGGCCGCGUUUGGGGGGUCACGUGGCCCGCCGGCCCGCCUUUGUACUUCCGGUCACGUGCCCUUAGAGUUCUCGCAGCCAGCGAUGGAGGCGAGACCCCCCAGUAACAGAGGCGGUGGCGACGGCGGCGGCUACUGGGUUUCAACCUCUUCCCGGCAGCGUCUGUAAGAAGCGCAGCGGAACACGACCCGACCCAGUCCAGUAGCUUACUCCCUGCCCAGGGGCGCAGCUCCCACCUGCGUCUUCUAGCCAUCAUGGCAACUUCAUCUGAAGAAGUUUUGCUGAUUGUAAAGAAGGUGCGACAAAAGAAGCAAGAUGGAGCUCUAUACCUCAUGGCAGAAAGAAUUGCUUGGGCACCUGAAGGCAAAGAUAGAUUUACCAUCAGCCAUAUGUAUGCAGACAUUAAAUGCCAGAAAAUCAGUCCAGAAGGAAAAGCCAAAAUUCAGCUUCAGCUGGUCCUGCAUGCAGGGGACACAACUAACUUCCAUUUUUCCAAUGAAAGCACAGCAGUGAAAGAGCGAGAUGCAGUGAAAGACCUUCUUCAGCAGUUGCUGCCGAAAUUCAAGAGGAAAGCAAAUAAAGAACUAGAAGAGAAAAACAGAAUGCUGCAAGAAGAUCCUGUUUUGUUUCAGCUUUAUAAAGACCUUGUUGUGAGUCAAGUGAUCAGUGCUGAGGAAUUCUGGGCCAAUCGUUUAAAUGUGAACGCAACAGAGAGUUCUUCUACAUCUAAUCAUAAGCAGGAUGUUGGUAUUUCUGCAGCAUUUCUGGCUGAUGUCCGGCCCCAAACAGAUGGAUGUAAUGGUCUGAGGUACAAUUUAACAUCUGAUAUCAUCGAGUCCAUAUUUAGGACCUAUCCAGCAGUGAAAAUGAAAUAUGCAGAGAAUGUUCCCCACAACAUGACAGAAAAGGAAUUCUGGACGCGUUUUUUUCAGUCCCAUUAUUUUCAUAGGGACCGGCUGAAUACAGGAUCAAAGGACCUCUUCGCAGAAUGUGCCAAAAUAGAUGAAAAAGGGUUAAAAACAAUGGUUUCUUUAGGCGUGAAAAACCCACUUCUUGAUUUGACAGCUUUGGAAGAUAAACCAUUAGAUGAGGGCUAUGGCAUUUCCUCUGUGCCAUCUACCUCUAAUUCUAAAUCCAUAAGGGAAAAUAGUAAUGCUGCGAUCAUCAAGAGAUUUAACCAUCACAGUGCCAUGGUCCUGGCAGCAGGUCUCACGAAACAAGAAGCACAAAAUGAACACAAUGGUGAGCCCAGGAGCAUUGAUGGAAAUUCUGGAGAUGUAGACUGCUUUCAGCCAGCAGUCAAAAGGGCGAAGUUACAGGAGUCCAUUGAAUACGAAGACUUGGGGAAAAAUAAUUCCAUAAAAACAAUUGCACUAAACCUCAAGAAGUCAGAUAGGUAUUAUCACGGUCCAACUCCAAUCCAGUCGCUACAGUAUGCAACAAGUCAGGAUAUUAUUAAUUCUUUUCAAAGUAUUAGACAAGAAAUGGAAGCAUAUACACCCAGAUUAACUCAGGUUCUCUCAAGUAGCGCUGCCAGUAGUACCAUCACAGCACUGUCACCUGGAGGAGCACUUAUGCAGGGAGGGACACAGCAAGCCAUAAACCAGAUGGUGCCGAAUGAUAUUCAGUCCGAAUUGAAACACCUGUAUGUGGCUGUUGGAGAGCUUCUCCGGCACUUCUGGUCCUGCUUUCCUGUUAAUACGCCAUUCCUAGAAGAAAAGGUAGUGAAAAUGAAAAGUAAUUUGGAACGAUUCCAAGUUACAAAGCUCUGCCCAUUCCAAGAAAAAAUUCGGAGACAGUAUUUAAGCACAAAUUUGGUAAGUCAUAUAGAGGAGAUGCUCCAGACAGCCUACAACAAGCUCCAUACAUGGCAGUCACGGCGUCUAAUGAAGAAAACGUGAAGUGUCUGUGGCUGUCACAGGUUUUGUGAGAUUGAGUGAACUGUGACCUACAAUGACUCUGGAAGCCUGGCCUGACAGACCAUGCAGGUGAUCACACAGAAGUGACAAGAAACAUCUGCACGAUGCCGACCCUCAGAGCUGAUGCUAUUGUACUUGCACAUUGAGAACUGAAAGGAAGGAAUUGUGAUUAAACUAACAGCUGGAGAGGUAAAUUAAGGCAGAACCAAAAUGAGCUAAGUUGCAUAUAUAUAUACAUAUAUAUAUAUAUAUAUAUAUAUAUAUAUAUUUUAAAAAGACACUGUUUACUGCAGUUACUCAGGAACUGCUUUUGAUUCACAUUAAGCUGCUUUCAGAAAUUAAAAAAAGAAAACAACACUUUUUAAAAGGGUGCAUUGAUAAAAUCUGAGGUUUUUGAUUUUGGUUUUUGGCUUUUUUUUGUUUUGUUUUGUUUUCUGUGUAAAUUUUUUUCCUAAGUUUAUGGCACAGGGUACACCUUAAGUAUUUCUCCAUCUUCCACUUGGAUCCUCAAGUUUUGCUGAAUUCUAGUUGUACCUUAUAUCAGCACGUUAAAGACAGUACUUUAAAGUAAAGCAGAGGGAGACUGUUGCUCAACCAUCAGGAAACAGUUGUAGUCAGAAGACAUCAUUGGUCCUGUGUUUCCUACGGAAAUAAGAAACAAUAAAUAUUGCACUGAAUGUUUGUGGUUUGGAGUCCCUACAUGAUAAAGGGGCAAUAUAUUUGCAGCAAAUUGUGUGAGGUUUUAAUGCAGAAUUUUGUCAGAAGACAAUGGCGCUGCAUGUUUUUCUUUGAGUGCAAAUGUACAUUGCUAAGAUUUUUUUAAGAUGGCAUGUGCUUUGAAAUGAGGAAAUUGCAUUUUUAAGAGUUUAAAAAUCUUAUGAGUGAGAAAUACAAGAAAUCUUACUUAUUUUCACCUCUUUAGGAAAAAAUAAAAGAUGUUUCUCAUACCUCUUUUUUUCCAGUAUCUGUUACUCUCCUUGGCAAAUCAAUAAUCAUUGCAUAGUGACUGAAAAGCCAGAAUGCAAAGGGGGAAAAAAAAGUUAUGUUCUUAUUUCUGAAAUCCGUGCCAUAUUUUGUUCCUAAUAGGGUCAACUCACUGUUUAAGACUUUAGAUGUAUUAAAAAUUACAGAAAAAAGUAAAAUUUUUAUAGAUA